AACUUACUAAAACUACGCAUAUAAAUAAAGAAAGUCCACCAAUGAAUUAAAAAAAAACAGCAUAUACUAUACUACGUACUUAAUUAACUACUACAUACGUAUAAAAAUCAUGGCGGCGGCGGUGGUGCCCCUGGCGUACCAGAACAACACGUCGACGGCACCGGACUGGCUGAACAAAGGAGACAACGCAUGGCAGAUGAUCGCCGCCACCUUGGUCGGCCUCCAGAGCGUUCCGGGCCUCGUCAUCCUCUACGGCAGCGUCGUGAAGAAGAAAUGGGCCGUCAACUCCGCCUUCAUGGCCCUCUAUGCCUUCGCCGCCGUCAUCAUUUGCUGGGUCACCUGGGCCUACAAGAUGUCCUUCGGCGAGAAGCUCCUCCCUUUCUGGGGAAAAGCCGGGCCCGCUCUCGGCCAGAAGUUCCUCCUCAUGCAGGCGGCGCUCCCCGCCACCGUCCACUACUUCAGCAACGGCGCCGUCGAGACCGCCGAGUCUACUCCUCUCUACCCCAUGGCUUCCAUGGUGUGGUUCCAGUGCGUAUUUGCGGCGAUCACGCUGAUACUCCUGGCGGGGUCGCUGCUGGGGCGAAUGAACUUCAUGGCGUGGAUGGUUUUCGUGCCGCUGUGGCUGACCUUCUCCUAUACGGUGGGGGCUUUCAGUCUCUGGGGCGGCGGCUUUCUGUUCCAGUGGGGAGUCAUGGACUAUUCCGGCGGUUACGUCAUCCACCUCUCUUCCGGCAUUGCCGGUUUAACCGCCGCUUACUGGAAUCCUUUCAGGUUGUGGUAGUACUUCUGCAGCCUGACCUCUGAACCAGGCAGGAAUAUGAGCUGCCAUAGGUAGUUCUCCCCUGAACUUCUUCAGUUGUGAUACAUGGAAUACAUCAUGUAUUUGAGAGUCAUCUGAUUGUUGCUUGUAAUGCUAUCUAUCCACAGCUUCAACCUUAGACUCCCCAGGCAGAUAUGGCAGAUUCAAAGGGGGUGGUUGAUUAUAUAUGAUUUCAUAUGGAGUAGUACCAGCUGAUGAAUGAAAGUGUGUAUUAAACCACCACUCUGCUAAUGGCAACCAUAAACUCCAGUCUUUAGGUCUUUCACCACACAUACAUCUGAGAUAUGCCUCUAAACAUUUGUUCACUAUUUCUGUUUGACCAUCAGACUGUGGAUGGUAAGCAGAAGAUAGAUUGAACUUAGUCCCUUGGAUAGAAAACAAUCCCUUCCAAAAUUGACUUAAGAAGAUGGCAUCUCUAUCACUCACAAUACUCUUGGGCCAGCCAUGUAGUUUAAAAAUAUUAUCCAAGUAGGCUUGAGCUACUUCAACUGCAGUAAAAGGAUGUGCCAAAG